AGCUAGUUAGAGCUCUUUGUUUUUGUCAUCACCCCAAAGUCAAAAUGUCCUGGCUGGGUAACAGUCUACGUUGUGUCCCAUAGCUAUUCGAGGACAGAUAUUGUAAAGGAUACUAAUCAACUUUUUCAGACAACAGAUUUAUUUUCCUCAGUACUUUUUUUGUUUUUUCCCCCUCCGCUUGUAACUGAAGAGGAAGGAGACUUCUGCCUAAGGUCGUCCUAAAGUUAAGAGGUCUACAUUGAAAGAAGCAGCCAUGGUGUUGAUUCUGGGCAGACGGAUGAACAGGGAGGACUCUGGGAUCAGAGACUCACCAGCUGUCAAACGCAAGGUGUUUGAGGUUGACUCCAAAACGUUAGCCAGCCAGGAUGUGUUGGACUUCUGUUCUGGCUCAUCCCACUCAGAGGGCAUCCUGCAGGUAUUCAAUGAGUUUCGUGACUGCCGCCUGUUCACUGACGUGGUCAUCAGCGUGCAGGGCCGCGAGUUCCCCUGCCAUCGUGCUGUGCUCUCUGCCUGCUCUUCCUACUUCAGAGCCAUGUUUUGCAAUGAUCACCGCGAGAGCCGGGAGAUGCUGGUGGAGAUCAACGGCAUCCUGGCUGAGGCGAUGGACUCCUUCCUCACCUAUGUUUACACCGGCCGCGCUAAGAUCACCACUGAGAAUGUCCAGUUCCUCUUCGAGACCUCCAGCCUCUUCCAGAUCUCCACACUGCGUGACGCCUGUGCAAAGUUCCUGGAGGACCAGCUUGACCCUUGCAACUGCCUGGGCAUCCAGCGCUUCGCCGAUGCUCAUUCCCUUAAGCAGCUAGCCAGCCGCUGCCGCAGUUAUGCCCUGGCCAAUUUCUCAGAGGUGGGUCAGCAUGAGGAGUUCAUUGACCUACGCAGGGAAGAGCUGGAAGAGUACAUCUGCAGCGAUGAGCUAUCCGUCGGUAAGGAAGAGGUGGUGUUUGAGGCGGUGAUGCGAUGGGUGUACCACAGUGUGGAGCACAGGAAGCCCUUGCUGAAAGCCCUGCUGCACCAUGUGCGCCUGCCCCUUCUGCACCCCAACUACUUUGUCCAGACGGUGGAAGGAGACCUGCUAAUCCAGAACGCUCCAGAGUGCUACCAGCUCCUCCAUGAGGCCAGGCGCUAUCACGUGCUAGGAAAUGAAAUGAUGUCACCCAGGACCCGUCCACGCAGGUCGACCGGCUACUCUGAAGUGAUUGUGGUGGUGGGGGGUUGUGAGAGGGUAGGCGGCUUCAACCUGCCCUACACUGAAUGCUAUGAUCCAGUAACUGGAGAGUGGAAAUCACUGGCCAAACUGCCUGAGUUCACCAAGUCAGAGUAUGCUGUUUGCGCCCUCCGCAACGACAUCCUGGUGUCAGGUGGUCGUAUCAACAGCAGGGACGUGUGGAUGUAUAACUCUCAACUCAACCUGUGGAUCAGAGUGGCUUCUCUUAACAAAGGCCGCUGGAGACACAAGAUGGGCGUCCUACUGGGCAAGGUCUAUGCUGUAGGUGGCUAUGAUGGCCAGAGCCGCUUGAGCAGCGUGGAGUGUUACGACUCCUUCUCAAACCGCUGGACAGAGGUGGCUCCAAUGAAAGAGGCGGUCAGCUCUCCAGCUGUGGCCAGCUGUGCCGGCAAGCUCUUUGUCAUAGGAGGAGGGCCAGACGACGACACUUGUUCAGACAAGGUCCAGUGCUAUGAUCCAGAGACUGACACUUGGUUACUACGGGCCAACAUCCCCAUUGCCAAGCGCUGUAUCACAGCAGUGUCCCUCAACAACAUGAUAUAUGUAUGUGGAGGUCUCACCAAAUCCAUAUUCUGCUACGACCCCGCAGAGGAUUACUGGAUGCAUGUGGUACAAACCUUUAGCAAACAGGAGAGCUGUGGCAUGUCAGUGUGUAACGGUAAGAUCUUCAUCCUUGGUGGCAGAGGGGAAAAUGGCGAAGCCACAGACACCAUCCUGUGUUAUGACCCGUCAACAGGCAUCAUCACAGGAGUGGCAGCCAUGCCACGGCCUAUCUCCUACCAUGGCUGUGUAACCAUCCAUCGCUACAAUGACAAGUACCACAGGCUGUGACCAUAAACCAACAGACAGACAGACAGACAGACAGACACACACAGACCCACACACACACACACACACACACACACACACACACUCAUAUGAGUGCACACAAUAAAGAACUCUUUGAAGCUUGGGCUAUUCAAUUUCACCCCACGCACAGCACAAACACAGUGAUUUAUUUUCUCACAGCAUCAUGUAGCAAUACUUGUGAUGCUGUGAAUCUGUAACAUCCAUAUUUUAGUCCUAAUGUGGAAGUGCUCAGUUGUUGAUGACACUAAUAACAUGGAGUCAGAUGGCAGAUGUGCUUUACAUUAGUUAGAAACUUCACAAUGUUGGGAAGUAAUGAAUCAUUAGAAAAUUGGCAGGUCAAGCAAAGAAAAUGAGUAAUGCUGACUGUAGAGGAUGGAGAUCCUUUUGAACACCUAAUUGAAGUUUCUAUAUGAUAAUUGUUUGCUUUUCUAACUGCAUGUUUAAGUUUUCUGUAACACCACUUUCAAACUAACUGAAAAAGCUGUUACAAGCAGGUGAUUAGUAACUGAUCUACAUUUUGAAUGUGCCGCUUCCCAACACUUGUGUUUUCAAUACUGUGCAAAGUAACAUCACUCUGAGAUAUAGGUCACAGAUGAGCUCACGUGAUUACACAGUGCUAAUGAACAAAAAACAAAGCCUUGAGGCAAAAAUUGACAAGUUCCAUAUAGAGACAAGAGUAAUCUGCCAGCAGAAGAAAAAUUAGAUGGAUUUAUUUUUGACUGACAGAUGAGGUCAGAGGCCAGGUCAGAUGUCUAACCCUGUGCACUCUGCGCUUCAUUGCAGAUACUGUAUGUAUAUUCAGCACUACAUAGCCCAGCACGGGUAAAGAAUAUCGCCCUCUGUUUUUUAACUCUUAAACUCUCUCGUGAUACUAAAAAUGACCUCUCUCACAGUAUCAGUAGUCAUAAAAAAUAGUUGCUCUCACCUGUUGACCCAGAGAAGAGAAGAGAUAAAUGGCAGAGACUGAGUCAACAUACUGGAACAUAUCCACUAUUAGCUUUGUCCUCAUUUCCUUUUUUCCCCUUGCAUCACUCCACUUAUCACCUAGCUGCACUUCCCAUGUGUGUUUCCAUUUCCCUAUUCCAGCAGUGUCAUCACCUCACAUUUUCUGAUCCACAAUGACAUCUCCUUUAAAGCUUUAUUUUGCUACAUUAUCAUUAAUAUUAUUACACUCAUUACUACAUUUUCUUUUUAAUUUUUUUUAAGUUAUACUUUUGUGUUUUUUUAAAUUGUGUAUAAUGUUUGUGUUAUUGUAUUAUAUGUGCAGUAGCUUUAGCUAAGUGUGUCUGUUUCAUAUCAAUGCUAGUUCAUUGGUGUAGUGGGCUUGUGGGUGGGUUUUGUAGAUUUGAGAAGCCUUUGUAGAUCAAACUCGAAGACUGCUCUGAAUAUGUGGUGUGCAUGUAUAGUGUGUGUGUAUGUUUGUAUGUGACUUUUACAACUUGGUUUGGAUGUAUUGGAGCCACGGAGGUUUAUCAAUGACUUCUAGUGUAAGCAUUGCAUGUCUGCGCUCUGUUAACACAACUGCUCACCAACGCUGGCACCUCUCACCUGUACACUUACAUGUAAAGAUGUAACUCGGGGUAACCAUAGAUACCUUCAGGUGUGUAUGUGUGUUUACUAGUCAGCUAAGGUGGUGUGUGUAGCAGUGCUAUACCUCACACACGGGAGGGGGGGGG